AUGAUGCAAAAGCUCGCUAUUGUCUUUGUGUUGGCUGUGCUCGGUGUUGAGGCCAAAGAAUGUGUUGCGAAUGAGACCACCGGCACCGUGGUGUUUGGAGUUAAUCUGAGGGGUACACGUAAGUUCCAUAAGCGUCUCGAUUAAAAAAUAACCGCAUUUUUGCACAUCCAAACGAUAUAUUUCCAGUUAUCAUCAACACUACCAGCAACGCCAACAUCAGUGUUGACCCCGAAGCCGACUAUGUUGGGGUCCCCGUGAAAGUCUUUGCGAUCUUUCAAAAGGAAUUUGAUGAUGAUCUUCCAAUCCGAGAGUUCUUCAACAAGCGCACGUUGUACCUGAACAUUACCAUCGAAGGUGAAAGUUUUGGCGCAAAUAGUAUUCAUGGAAUUACGUUGAACACAACCGAGGGAGACCAGUGGUUCUUCGGGAAGCCGAUCGGAAAUGAAAUCUGCAGAAUUCUGCGCGCCAAAACUGAUCGCCCAUCCCAAGCAAACUAA